AUGGAAGAUGAAGAUGAUCCUGUCGUGGAGGAGAUCCCUGUGCAUCUAUCGAAAGUGCUAGCUGAGAACUUGUACCUCCUGCAGUAUCCCUUAAAGUCCACGACGGCAACGUUUGAUGAUGGCCGGGUGGUGAAUUGUUGCGUGAAACCUAUCAAUCAACAGAUAAAGGUAGAUUAUGCGCUAAACACAGCAUCCAAGAACUAUGAUGCCUUCAAGGGGGAACAAUUUGCACUGGCCGCCGAUGGGAAGCAGCGGGACAAAGCUCAAAAGCUAACGUUCCGCAGCGGAACCAUGGAUAAGCAGUCGUUUCUGAGCACGAAACCGAUCGAGGACGUGAGCCGGUACUUGGUGUGCGUCAUCCAGGACGGGGAGAUGCAUGCGACUCCGCUCAAGGGCAUCGUGUCGAUGCGGCAGUUGUUCUCCUACUUCGACAAGCAAGACAAGCGCACAAAGGCGGAACAGAAGGCCGAACAGGAUGCGGACGGUGCUGCGGAGGAUGAGGAACUGACGCAAGUGACCGUCAAGUUUGCGCGGUUGGAAAAUGAGAAGGUGCGCAAGGCGCGUGAGAAAUCCUUCAACUAUCUCUCUAAGAUGGAAGCAGAAGAACCGUGGUGCGAAACGUUUUGGCACGAGAAGUCUUCCGCUACGGCGGAACUGGAGCGACAGAAGCUGGUCGGUGGUGCCAGUCCCAGUGGGAGCGGACGACUGGAGACAGACAAUGCGGCGCUGAACGUGAAACCGGUGGAGUACAUGGAUAUGUUAAUCAGCAAGGAGAAGACGGACCGAAACAUUGAUUCCCUUCUGCCCAGCCAAGUCGUGUGUAUGCACAAACUGAAGCAGCUCACCUUACAGGAACAAUUGAAAGUCAUUCUCACCGAUGCGAAAGUAAUAACGUCGCAACAAAUACUCGACCUGCUGCCGGAUCGAACGUUGUCACCGGAAAAGGUGCGACGAUUGUUGCCCCAGGUCGGUUGGCUGAUACGGGGCAACUGGGUCGUCCAAUCCGAGUACAUCUACCCGGACGGUAGCGUGUCCGGCACGAAUGGUGUUGCGGCGGAACAGAUGCGCAAGGCGCGCGACUACAUUAUGUUCCGCUUUACGAAAUGUGAUAAGCUCGAGCGGCACCGGUUGGUAGCGAUAACGCAGCUGCCGGCCGAAGAGAUCCGAGAGAUUUUGUCCACGAUAGCGAAGCUAAACACGGCCGACCGCACCUGGAGCAUGCUGUUGCCACCGAACGAAGGUUUCCAGUGUGUGGACGAACAGGAGAUCAGUGAUCGGCAGGGCGCGUUCUGGACGGCUCGAUCGGACAAAUUCAUCGAGAUGGAACGUAACAGCAGUGCGUCCACCUCGAAACGGGUACGGAAGCGUUCGACCCGCGACAGUUGCUAG